AAACCGUAUGUUUCCAAUAGCAUCGAUGUCGUUAUAGCGAUCCAUUAACUGAAAGAACUGUUACUUCGAUGCACCUUCAACGUAUACUUUGGUUUCAACAAGGAAAUAUACAGGCAAGUAGAUGGAGUAGCAAUGGGUUCUCCUAGCCGACUUCUUUAAGGCUAGCUUAGAGAACAACGCCUUAUCACCAACUAUCAACGACCUCCAUCUCUACAAGAGAUACAUCGAUAAUACUUUCAUUAUUUGUGAUGAGAAUUGUGAUUUAAAAAACCUACUUCAAAUCUUCAAUAAUGCCCACCCAAACAUCGACUUUACACUUGAGACUGAAUCCGACGGAAUGUUCCACUUCCUCGACGUCCAUCUGACAAGAAACGCCGACAACUCUCUGAAAAGGUCCAUAUACAAAAAGCCUACAUGGAACGGACAAUUCAUCAACUUUCAAAGCUUCGUGCCCCUAAGCAGAAAGAGGAACCUGGUAUACACUCUUUCCUCGAGGAUUCGGAAGAUAUGCAGCGAGGAAGUGGCUGAAGAACUGCGUAAUCUUCGAAAAACCCUGAUAGAAAACGGUUUCCCACUCAGGUUCAUAGACAAGAAUCUCAAAUCUAAGAAGAUUUCCGAAAAAGUCCAUUCCAUUCCAAAGAAAAUACUUCUGCUUAAUCUAGAAUUCAAAGGUGAUAUUGAAGCGGAAAUCCUUCGCAAACGCGUCUCCAAAUCGCUGAGAAAACCAUACUUCGCCGCGAGCCUACGACUGACGUUUUCCUGCAAGAAACUGUUCAGCCAGAAUGCGAAAGACAAGCUGUUGCAUUGGGCCACUUCAACGUGCAUGUACCAGUUGACUUGCUCUUGUGGAGCUGAGUACGUUGGCCAUACCAUGCGCCGACUUGAAAAACGCGCUUGUGAACACUACCCAGUCUGAUUAGUAAAAGGAAACCAAAAGCGUGUAUAGAGUUCAGUGACAGAACAUCUGGUCAGUUCAGGACAUUCAGCGCCUUUCGGAAAAUCCUUCAAAGUAAUAUACAAGAUUCAAUCAAACCUAUCAAAGGGAGUGAAAUCAAGACAUCUGGGCAUAGCCGAGGCGCUAGCUAUACAAAAGCUCAAACCCAUGCUUUGCAUCCAAAAGACAUACGUCCAACCCCUAUCUCUUCCAU